UUAUGGAUUAAAAAGCCAUAUAUUUCUUUCCAGUGUUCGUUUCGUUUCGUUUCGUUUAAUUCGUUUAAAACGAAAAAUUUAGUAAAUAAUAAUAGAUUAGUGAUAAUUAGAAUACUACUAGAAUAGUGAUAAGAAGCGACCUACAAGCCGCCUGCAGGCAAGUGUUGCAUGAAAGAAACAACCGCACGCAUCUGCUGGGUCUUUGAGCCGUUCAAUCGGUUAUCGCCGUUUCCCCUCUUGAGCGGUUCUAUUUGGCCAAACUCUUCCAGCCGGUUCGUAGCAAAAGUCGCGUGCCAUCCAUAUUUGUUUUUUGCAGAGUGAGGCGAGCAGACGUGUUUUGUGCUCCUGCUGUGGUUUCCGUUUGUUUCGUGACUAGUUUUAGCCGUCUUGACUGGAGCGGUGCGCGCUACUUUGAUCAAAUUGACGCAUGAAUAGCGGAAAGAUGGCCGAUGCUGUACCGCAUCUAUCGCUGACCGUUGAAGAGCACUCGGUCAUCGAAGGCGCCCUCGAGAUACUGCAGAUUAUCAGACCGAACUGGCAAUCCAGCGAUAUUCGUUGUAAGUUUUUUACAGACGGUAUCACGAACAAGUUGGUCGGAUGCUUCUAUGAACCCAGUCAAAACAACAUCGUUGACACGCCCUCCACUCAAAGCAUCAUCAGUAGUGAGGGCAGCAACGGCAGCAACGGCAGCACCGGCAGCCUCUCAGACGCGAAAUUGGACAAUAAUGUCGUUCUGGUGCGUGUGUAUGGCCAUAAAACGGAUUUGCUGAUCGAUCGAGGCAAGGAGAUUGAGAACAUACUUCUCCUACACAAGUACGGCCUCGCACCGGCCCUGUACGCGACCUUUGAAAACGGAAUGGCGUAUGCGUAUGAGGCGGGAGUAACAUUAACACCGGAUACCUGCAAGGACGAUGAUAUCUGGCCGCUGGUUGCCUGCCGCAUGGCCCAGAUGCAUAAGAAGGUCCCUACCGGAAAAGUACAGUUUGAGAGGCCAGUAUUGCAAGGGAAAGUGUAUCAGUUCCUAGAGCUGGUGCCGGAGCGGUUCACCGAUCCUAUCAUCAACGACCGGGUAUGGCAGACGUUUCCUUGCCCAAGUGACCUGCGGCUCGAGUUCGACAUACUCUAUGCACGUCUCCAGGAUAUCCCCAGCCCGGUCGUGUUUUGCCAUAACGAUCUGCUGCUCGGGAACGUGAUCUACGACAAGGACCAUGAAAAGGUGUCCUUUAUCGACUACGAGUAUGCUGGAGUGAAUCAUCAGGCGUUCGAUAUUGGCAACCACUUUGCCGAGUUUGCUGGUAUCGACGAGAUCGAUUACGAGCGCUAUCCUUCUCGUGAAUUCCAGUUGCGUUGGUUGACCGAAUAUCUCCUAGAGUACCAUGGGUAUGAUAAGUAUUUACCAGGAAAAGUCGAGGACGAAGCGGAAUAUCUGUACGUGCAAGUGAACCAGUACGCUCUGGCGGCUCAUUUUAUGUGGGCUGUGUGGGCUCUCGUGCAGGCCGAACAUUCCGCUAUCGACUUCGAUUAUGUUCGGUUUGCCGAAGCCAGAUUUCUUGAGUAUCGCCGAAACAUGGAAAUAUUUUUCGAGCUACAACUCCCUGACUGGUACCCUGAAUAGUUGAUUUUUGUUUUUAUAAUUCCAACAGGCCUACCUCUUUUUUUUGACUGCCUGCAUAAAUAAUUCCAACAUAAUUCUCAUUCCUAUUUAAUGUUAGAUCUCCUAUUUUUUCCUUUUCGCUUUCUGGUUUUCUCUUGCGAUAUUCCGAGCUCCUCGCAAAAGAAAAUGUUACGCGAUCGUUGUUCCUCCUAUCCUUCCAUUAUUUGUUACUAUAGACUUGCACCAUGUGUGCUAUGUCUAAACGUUUCGCGAAGCGAAAUAUAGUGUAGGGUCCGGUUGACACUGGCAUUCUUUCAGUCGAGGACGACAUGAAGUAUUGAAGAACUUCGAGAACGAUAUGACUUAUCGCACUGCACUGGUUGCAGCUCUCGCUCAUCCGCCCGGCUUGCUGCCAGAGCAUUUUGUUCAUGCAAUCAUAAAAAAGCGAAGAAUAUGCGAUAUUGUUCCAAAAGAAAUGAAAACACAAUGAAAUAAGCCUUACCGUACGUUGCAAUACUGUAAACAUUCACAAAGCAAGCUAUGAUAAAUAAACUUACUAUA